UUUUUUUGAACCUCAUCAUGGCUGUGUAACUAAACUAUGAAUCGAAAUAAAUAAUAAUGAUAAUAUAUUAUAGAUAGAUAGAUAGAUAGAUAGAUAGAUAGAUAGCUAUCAUAGAUACAUAGAUAUAACCUGCUUUAUAAAUGACACAUCUGCCGACGAUUGGCUAUCUAAUAAAGACGGGUUUAUUCGGGUGAUUAAAAUGGAUCGGCGGAAACGCAGAGAGGAGAUUCAGAAAGCGCUGCGGUUCAUUCAGUCUUCGUUGCCUUUUCCACAACCGCAAGAAUACGAGGUGUUUCUCUCUCAGCUGGUUUCUAAUCUGUUUGAAGAAGGCAAUGCUCUCUACUCAGAAUCCCAGUUCAAACUGGCCGUCUCCCAGUACAGUGAGGCUGUGGGCGUGAACCAGUAUGCCCAGUCCGAGGCUCUGCCCCUCCCCCCAGAGAUACUGGAGCACCUGUACGUGAACCGGGCCGCUGCCCACUUCAGAAUG